UGGACCCACCGGUGGGUCCGUCGGGUUCUAGAGGUUAGUCAUAUCUUGUUUGGAUAAUUGCAGAAACUUUGAUUAAGUCUGUUUCAAACUUGAGAAAGGGUUAAAUUUAGGGACAGUGAUGGAAACGAACACACGUCAUAAGCUGAAAUACAAAUGGAUCACAGAUGCUUCUAAUACAUUUGCUGAUUAUGCCACCUUUGGUCUGCCUUUUGUUUCCAUAAAGGUCUUUCACUAUAUCACUUUUUCAGAUCUCUCUCUCUCUCUCUCUGUUGGAGAAGGCUUGGCGUCCUCUCCAAUGCAUAGCAACAAACUCCUUUAUAAACCACAUCUGGAUCACCUGAAGGGGCAUAGCUCAAGCAAACUGGGACACAGACAUUUAAAAAAAAAAAAAGAAAGAAUUUUUCCAUCUUGCAUUACUUGCUUGGGAUACAAUGUGGAAAGCAGUGGUAAUGGCCGUGUGUUUGCUUGUGGCUGGGGUUGGAGCUCAGCCCUUGGAGGAUCCAACGUAUGGGGUGAAACUCUGUGGCAGAGAGUUUAUUCGAGCAGUCAUCUUCACCUGCGGAGGAUCACGAUGGAAACGAUCACUUAGAAGUCAAGAUGUUUCAGAAGACCCAUUCACCUCCCAUCAAGAUGAGUCUUCAGAGGGCUUGACCUCCAACUUUAUGGUUGAAAAUUUCCUUCAAACAACCAAAGACCUCAGCUUUGUGCCCCAAAACAACCCUAAUGGUGGGUUCAGCAGGUCCACCAGGUCAUUCAUUACUGAUGAAAUCCUGGAGGCUCUCCGGAAAGCUGACCGCAAAGGCAGGGAUGUCGUGGUGGGUCUAUCCAACGCCUGCUGCAAGUGGGGCUGCAGCAAAAGCGAGAUCAGCUCCCUUUGCUGAGGGUUGAUGAAUGAAUGCAUGUAUUAGCAAAUGUUUUUACACCCUCCCACAAAUAUGCACACAUACACACAGAAACAUUUUAGUUUUAUUUAACGUUUGUCAAGCAGUUGAGUCAAAUUAGUAAAUGUGUUCUGUUUUCCAUACUAAAUGUCUUCAAUGUUUAAAGAUAGACAGGAAUAAAUGUACUUUUUUUCAUUCCUGAUUAAAUUAAUGUUUCUGCAACUUUUAAGAACUUUGUGCAACAUUUUGUAUAACUUCAAAGACAGCCUGUCAUGUGAAAGUAGGUCUAAUUUAAUUUGUAAUGUAAAAAUAUUGGCUAUAUGUUUCAUUGAACAAAUGUGUUGUAACAAUUUCCCAUUCAAAUCAAUAAAACCGUCAUAAAACUAUAAAAUGCCUUACUCACAAACAUGUUGAUGUGUUUCUUUUCCUCACAGAAAUAUUUAGCACAUAAAUGUUAACAAAAUGCAGAAGAAAACUGUAAACUCUUGAAGAAAUGGUCAAUCUCAGAAACAAAGUGUAUCUGCAAUAAAGUAAAACCAA